GGCGGGAGUUUGAGGGGCGGGGCCUGCGCCCCAGCCCCUUGGUGGGCCCCCGACCCCGGCCGGGCUUUAGCUGCUGCUUAAGCCGCUGCGGCGCUGAGGAGCACCCGACGAAUUUGCGGGAGCCGAGCGUGUCCCCAGCUCAAGAGGAGGUCCAAGGGACACAGCAAUGAUUAGAGAGCCUGCUGGGAGCGAACAGCCUCUGGCUGCAUAGGGACCUGUGGACUUACUGUCUGGUGCCCCCAUGGAGACAGGGGGCCCUGGGUUGAACAAUAUGAAGCCCCGGUCACUGCAACUGGUGCUGGAGGAGCAAGUGCUGGCGCUACAGCAGCAGAUGGCAGAGAACCAAGCAGCCUCCUGGCGGAAGCUGAAGAGCUCCCAGGAGGCUCAGCAGAGGCAAGCAACGCUCGUGAGGAAGCUGCAGGCCAAGGUGUUGCAGUACCGGAGCUGGUGCCAAGAGCUGGAGAAGCGGCUGGAAGCCACUGGGGGACCGGUCCCUCAGAGGUGGGAAAGUGUGGAGGAGCCAAACCUGGAACAGCUGCUAACCCGAUUGGAGGAGGAGCAACAGAGGUGUGAGAGUCUAGCGGAGGUGAACACCCAGCUUCGGCUGCACAUGGAAAAAGCUGACGUGGUGAAUAAAGCCCUUCGGGAAGAUAUGGAAAAAUUGACAGUAGACUGGAGCCGGGCCCGCGAUGAGCUAAUGAGGAAGGAGAGCCAGUGGCAGAUGGAGCAGGAGUUCUUCAAGGGCUACCUGAAAGGGGAGCACGGUCGCCUUCUCAGUCUGUGGCGGGAGGUGGUGACCUUCCGUCGCCACUUCCUGGAAAUGAAGUCAGCCACUGACAGAGACCUGACGGAGCUCAAGGCUGAGCAUGUGAGGCUUUCAGGUUCCCUGCUGACCUGUUGUCUGCGCCUGACUGUGGGAACACCACAGUCUCGGGAAUCUGAUGGAUCUGGGAGACUGAAUGGGAGCGAGCCAUCCCAGUUGAUGCUGCUACUAGCCAGGACCCAGGAGCUGGAGAAGGAAGCCCAUGAAAGGAGUCAGGAGUUAACACAGCUGAAGAGUCAAGGGCAUCUGGAGAAGGCUGAGCUUCAGGAUCGGGUGACCGAGCUCUCUGCUCUACUGACCCAGUCUCAGAAGCAAAAUGAAGAUUAUGAAAAGAUGGUAAAGGCUCUGAGAGAGACGAUGGAGAUCCUGGAGGCAAAUCACGCAGAAUUAAUGGAACACGAGGCAUCUCUAAGUAGGAAUGCCCAAGAGGAGAAACUGUCUUUACAGCAAAUGAUCAAGGACAUAACCCAGGUACUGGCCAUGGUAGAAGAAGAGGACAAUGUGGCCCAAGGCUCUGGUCAUGAGAGCUCCUUGGAGUUGGACCCUAGUGGCUUCUCCUCCCAGUUCGAUUCGCAGCAGCCAGACAAGGCUCUUUCUCUGGUGCGUUCAGUGCUGACUCAGAGACGCCAGGCUGUGCAGGACCUAAGGCAGCAGCUGUCAGGCUGCCAGGAAGCUGUGAGCUCCUUGCAGCACCAGCAUCAUCAGUGGGAGGAAGAGGGCGAGGCCCUGAGACAGCGGCUACAGCAGCUCACCGGGGAGCGGGACACCCUGGCAGGGCAGACUGUGGACCUGCAGGGGGAGGUGGACUCUCUCAGCAGGGAGCGAGAGCUCCUGCAGAAGACCAGGGGGGAGCUGCAGCAGCAGCUGGAGGUGCUGGAGCAGGAGGCGUGGCGACUGCGGAGGACAAACAUGGAGCUGCAGCUGCAGGGCGACUCUGCUCAGGGCGAGAAGGAGGAGCAGCAGGAGGAGCUGCACCUGGCCGUCCGGGAACGGCAGCGCCUUCAGGAGACGCUGGCGGGCCUGGAAGCCAAACAGUCAGAGUCACUCAGUGAACUGAUCACCCUUCGGGAAGCCCUGGAGUCCAGUCGCCUGGAAGGGGAGUUGCUGAGACAAGAGCAGACAGAAGUGACCGCUGCACUGGCGAGGGCAGAACAGUCUAUUGUGGAGCUGUCGAGUUCUGAGAACAGCCUGAAGACUGAGGUAGCUGAUCUUCGGGCUGCAGCUGUCAAACUCAGUGCCUUAAAUGAGGCUUUGGCCUUAGAUAAAGUUGGGCUGAACCAGCAGCUUCUCCAGUUAGAACAGGAGAACCAGUCUGUGUGCGGCAGGAUGGAAGCAGCAGAGCAGGCAAGAAACACUUUGCAGGUGGGCCUGACAGAGGCCGAGAGGAACAGGGAAGCCCUGUGGGAAAAGAACACCCACCUGGAGACUCAGCUGCAGAAAGCGGAGGAGACCAGGGCUGAGCUGCAGGCAGAUCUCAGGGAAAUGCAAGACGAGAAGGAAGAAAUUCAAGAGAAGCUAAGCGAGGCACAUCACCAGCAGGAGGCAACCUUAGCUCAGGUGGAGCAGCUGCAUCAGGAGGCAAAGCGACAGGAAGAGGCGCUUGCCCGGGAAGUCCAGGAGAAGGAGGCUCUAGCGCGGGAAAAGGCGGCUCUCGAGGUGCGGCUGCAGGCUGUGGAGCGGGACCGGCAGGACCUCUCUGAACAACUGCUGGGGCUCAGCUCAUGCAAGGAGCUACUGGAGAGCAGUCUGUUUGAGGCCCAGCAACAAAAUUCUCUGAUAGAGGUCACCAAGGGGCAGCUGGAGGUCCAGAUCCAAACCGUCACUCAAGCCAAGGAAGUAAUCCAAGGGGAAGUGAGGUGCCUGCAGCUGGAACUGGACGCUGAACGGAGCCGGGCAGAGCAGGCACGGGAUGCGGCAGCCAGACAGCUGGCCCAGGCUGAGCAAGAGGAGCAGGCUGCCCUGCGGCAGCUGAAGUCAGCCCAUGAGGAGGAGGUGAACCGGCUCCAGGAGAAAUGGGAGAGAGAGCGCUCCUGGCACCAGCAGGAACUGGACAAGGCUCUGGAGAGCCUGGAGAGGGAGAAAAUGGAGCUGGAAACGAGGCUGAGGGAACAGCAGGCAGAAACGGAGGCCAUGCGGACACAGAGGGCAGAAGAACAGGCCGAGGCCGAGAGCGCCCUGUGCCAGAUGCAGCUUGAAACAGAGAAGGAGAGGGUGUCCCUCCUGGAGACAUUGCUGCAGACCCAGAAGGAGCUGGCAGAUGCCAGCCAACAACUGGAGCGGCUGAGGCAGGACAUGAAGGUUCAGAAGUUAAAGGAGCAGGAGACCACUGGGAUGCUGCAGACCCAGCUCCAGGAGGCGCAGCGGGAGCUGGAGCAGGCAGCCCAGCAGCACAGAGACAGCCUUGCUGCCCUCCAGGAAGAGGGCGGCACCCUGCUGCAGGAUAAGAUAGACCUGCAGAAGCAGGUGGAGGACUUGAAGUCUCAGCUGGUUUCCAAGGAAGACUCCCAGAGGCUGGUGGACCAGGAGGUUCAGGAGAAGCUGAGAGAGGCCCAGGAGUGUAGCCGAAUUCAGGAGGAGCUGGAGAGAGAGAAAGCCAGCCUGACUCUGUCGCUGGCAGAAAAGGAACAGAGACUCCUUGUUUUACAAGAGGCUGACUCUGUUCGACAGCAAGAGCUGAGCUCCUUGCGCCAGGACAUGCAGGAGGCCCAGGCAGGGCAGAAAGAGCUCAGCGCCCAGGUGGAAUUACUGAAGCAGGAGGUGAAGGAAAAGGAGGCUGACUUUCUGGCCCAGGAAGCACAGCUGCUGGAGGAGCUAGAGGCAGCUCGAGUAACAGAACAGCAGCUACGAGCUUCCUUGUGGACCCAGGAAACCAAGGCAGCCCAACUACAGCUGCGACUGCGCAACACGGAGAGCCAGCUGGAGGCCCUGUCAGUGGGACAGCAGCCUGGGCACCAGGCCCAGGUCCAGCUGGCCAGCCUCUGUUCUGUCUUGCAGCAGGCCCUGGGGUCUCCUUAUGAGAGUGGGCUUGAGCUGAGUGGUGGGGGAGACUCGGCUUCCUCCCUCUGGGGCCCUGAGCCAGACCAGAAUGGAGCUAGGAUCCUCUUUAAGAGAUGGCCCCUCCAGACGGCUCUCUCAGCCGAGGCAGUGGCAUCUGCCCUCCAGGAGCUUCACCAAGACCUGUGGAAGACGCAGCGGGCCCGGGAUGAUCUGAGGGAUCAGGCCCGGAAGCUGGAACAGCGUCUCACUGAUACAGAGGCUGAGAAGAACCAGAUCCACACAGAGUUGCAGGCUCUGCAGAGACAGCUCUCCCAGAACCAGGAAGAGAAAUCCAAGUGGGAAGGAAAACAGAACUCCCUAGAGUCUGAGCUGACGGAGCUACGUGAAACUGUGACAUCCUUCCAGAGUCGCCUACGGCAAGCAGAGCUCCAGGGAAUAGAAGCCCAGAAUGAGCGAGAGUUACUGCAGGCAGCCAAGGAGAACCUGACUGCCCAGGUGGAACAUCUCCAAGCAUCUGUGGCAGAAGCCAGGGCUCAGGCAAGCGCUGCCGGGGUCCUGGAGGAAGACCUGAGAACUGCGCGCUCAGCACUGAAACUGAAAAACAAGGAGGUGGAGAGUGAGCGCGAGCGAGCCCAGGCCCUGCAGGAGCAGGGCAAGCUGAAGGUGGCCCAGGGGAAGGCUUUGCAGGAGAAUCUGGCUCGCCUGGCCCAGACCCUGUCUGAAAGAGAAGAGGAGGUGGAGACUCUGCAGGGAAAAAUCCAGGCGCUGGAGAAGCAACGGGAAAUGCAAAAGGCUGCUUUGGAAGUGCUGUCUCUGGACCUGAAGAAGAGGACCCAAGAGGUGGAUGUGCAGCGAGAACAGCUUCGGGAGCUGGAGGAGGGUAGGUCUGUUCUAGAGCAUCUGCCCACGGCCGUCCAGGAGCAAGAGCAGAAGCUGACUCUGCAGAGGGAGCAGAUCAAGGAGCUUGAGAAGGACCAGGAGGCACAGAGGAACGUCUUGGAGCAUCAGCUUCUGGAACUUGAGAAGAAGGCCCAAGUGAUUGAGUCCCAGAAAGGACAGAUUCAGGACCUGAAGAAGCAGCUGGUUACAAUGGAACGCCUGGCCCUGGAGCUAGAGGAAAACCAUCACAAAGUGGAAUGCCAGCAAAAGGCGAUCGAGGAGCUGGAGGGCCAGAGGGAAAUGCAGAGGGUGGCUCUGGCCCACCUUACACUGGACCUGGAGGAAAGGAGCCAGGAGCUGCAGGUGCAGGGCAGCCAGAUCCAGGAGCUGGAGAACCAGAGCACCCUCCUGGCAAGAGAGCUCCAGGAGAAGGACCAGGAGGUGACGUCCCAGCAAGACCAGGUCAAGGAGCUGCAGAGACAGAAAGAGCAUCUGACCCAGGACCUGGAGAGGAGGGAGCAGGAGAUGGUGCUGCUGAAGGAAAGGAUUCAGGUCCUGGAAGAUCAGAGGACCCUGCAGACCAAGAUCCUGGAGGAGGACCUGGAGCAAAUCAAGCUGUCCCUGAGAGAACGAGGCCGGGAGCUGGCCUCUCAGAGGCAGCUGAUGCAGGAGCGGGCAGAGGAAGGGAAGGGCCAGAGUAAAGCUCAGCGAGGGAGCCUGGAGCACAUGAAGCUGAUUCUGCGUGAUAAGGAGAAGGAGUUGGAAUGCCAGCAGGAGCGUGUCCAGGAACUUCAGGAGCGCAAGGACCAGCUGGAGCAGCAGCUGCAGGGCCUACACAGGAAGGUGGGUGAGACCAGCCUACUCCUGACCCAGCGGGAGCAGGAGGUAGUGGUCCUGCAGCGGCACCUGCAGGAAGCCAGGGAGCAGGGGCAGCUGAAAGAGCAGGCACUUCAGGGCCAGCUGGACGAGGCCCAGAGGGCGCUGGCCCGGAGUGCCCGGGAGCUCGAGGCCCUGCAGCAGCAGCAGCAGGCCCAGGGCCAGGAGGGGAACGCGAAGGAACAGGCAGGCUCACUGCAGCGAGCUCUGGAGCAGACCCGCGCCACACUGAAGGAGUGCCAGGCUGAGCUUGAGGACCACAAGGAACACGCGCGGAGGCUCCAGCAAGAGCUGGCGGUGGAGGGACAGCGGGUCCAGGCCCUGGAGGAGGUGCUGGGUGACCUAAGGGCUGAGUCUCGGGAGCAGGAGAAGGCUCUGCUGGCCCUCCAGCAGCAGUGCGCCGAGCGGGCCCAGGAGCAUGCGGCGGAGGCCAGGACCCUGCGGGACAGCUGGCUGCAGGCAGAGGUGAUGCUCCAGGAACGGGACCGGGAGCUGGAGGCCCUACGGGCAGAUGGCCAGUCCUCCCAGUGUCGGGAGGAGGCUGCCUGGGGCCAGGCUGAGGCUCUGCAGGAGGCCCUCAGCAAGGCUCAGGCCGCCCUGCAGGAGAAAGAGCAGCAUCUCCUUGGGCAGGCGGAGCUGAGCCGCAGCCUGGAGGCCAGCACGGCCACCUUGCAGGCUGCCCUGGACUCCUGCCAGGCACGAGCCCGGCAGCUGGAGGAGGCCCUGAGGAAGCGGGAAGGUGAGAUCGAGGACCAGGACCUCCGACACCAGGAGGCCGUGCGGCAGCUCCAGGAGGCACUUGCCCAAAGGGAUGAAGAGCUGAGACACCGGAGGAGGCAGGGACAGCUGCUGGAGAAGCCUCUGGCCCAGCAGGGCCGAGAGGAUGCGACCCAAGAGAAGCAGGAGCCGAGGCACGAGAGAGAAGAGGAAGAGACGAGGGGCCUUCGUGAGAGCCUGAGGGAGCUACGGUGGGCUCUAGCCCAAAAGGAAGAGGAGAUCCUGGAGCUGAGGGAGGCCCAGCCAAGGAAGGGUCUGGAGGACUCGCCCCCCAGCCACACGGCCUCCCCAAGGGAGGAGCCGUCUUCCACACUUGAUUCCUCAGGGCCCAGGCUGCAGCGGGAGCUGGAGCGACUACAGGUGGCCCUGAGGCAGACGGAGGCCAGGGAGAUCGAGUGGAGGGAGAAGGCCCAGGACCUGGCGCUGUCCCUGGCCCAGAGCAAGGCCAGCGUCAGCAGUCUGCAGGAGGUAGCCCUGUUCCUGCAAGCCUCUGUCCUGGAGCGGGACUCGGAACAGCAGAGGCUGCAGGAUGAGUUGGAGCUCAGCAGACAAGCUCUGGAGAAGGAGCGACUCCACAACCCAGGCCUGACCAGCCGAGCAGAACGGGGGCCCAGAGGAGACCCCGGCGCCCAACUGGGAGAGGUCUCGGAGGCGAAGACUGAGCCGAGUGCUGAGGUGGAGGAGAAGCAGCUCUGGGAGCAGAGGCUUGAACACCUGCAGCGAGCGGUGGCGCGGCUGGAGGUUGACCGAAGCCGACUGCAGCACCACAAUGCCCAGCUGCGGACCACCCUGGAGCAGGUGGAGCGAGAGCGGAGGAAACUGAAGAGGGAUUCCCUGCGAGCAUCGCGGGCGGGCGUCCUGGAGAGCGGUGAAGCCACGGCACCAUCACCCACCCAGCAGGAUGGAAGAGGAGGACAGAAGGGCUCCUCAGAUGCCAGGCACGUGGCUGAACUGCAGAAAGAGAGGCUGCUACAGGCCCCAAAGUCCUGAGAACAGAAGGGGGCAAGAGCUGAGUCAGAGUCUGGGCAAUGUUCUUGUUCCCAGGGAGCUCUGGGUCUGGUGGGUAUGACACCCUGUUCUCUCAACAAGCCUCCAUGCUUUGCAUGUUAGAGCGACAAUCACCACAUUGCAACCUAAUUACCUUUUCUCAUCUGCUUCCUGCAUGGGGACUAGCAGGGUGGUCUCUAACUCCAUCAGGAGCUGCAGGGCCCAUCGGGAGUGCUAGGCAAACCAGGUAGACACCCUGCUGGUGCAGGCAGGCUAUGUAGAUGCUCUGGGGCCAGCAGCAGAACUUCCAGAAGUACCUGUGGAGGUGGGGAGACCCCACCCACAAAAGCAGCAAGGCAUCCUCCAGCCCGAGACUUCACAUGCAGGCCUCAUCUCAGCCCGUGGGACAGGUCCCUUGGGCAGUGAGUUGGUUCAGUUGUUCGAUCUUAGGACAGAUGAUGCCUUUAGCUGUUACCCCUGCAGUACUUCACCUCCUGCCUCCUGUCCCACGAAUCACCUACUCGCACUUGCUCCCGGGGCUGAGGAAGGGACCAGCUGAGCAAUAUGAAAACGCUGAGCCCUGAAGAACCGGGGGAGUGGUGAGCAGUGGCAGGGAGGAGCAAGGAGCAGGGGCCACCGGUGUGCCCCGAGCCAUGAGAUCCCUCUCCGCAGUCCUGGCAUACAGGCUUCGCUCCACUCACCACACCGAGAAAGGAGGCAAGGGAGAAGGAAGGACAAGAACAAGGGGUCUCGAGGUUCUGGGGCCCUGCAGUUUAUUCCCCUGCUCUCCUGAGACCAGGGUUUGCCUAGACCCUGACAGAGGCGAAGGCAAGGAGUGAGGCUUCUCCAGAGAAGAAAGGACUGUGCUCCCGGCCCCGCUGUUCUCACCUGACUCACAUCAGUAGCCUGUCACGGAGUGGACAUUAUGACCUCUUUCUUCUUAGUCCUCUGUCAUUAAUGCCCCCAGCUCUUUAAAUGCCUUCAUAGGGCCUGAAGCUUGGCACAGGUGGAAGGGCUUGGAGGCAAGAAGCUGAAUGGGUCAGGGGUCAGAGGAGAGCCGUGAGCAAAGGCUGUGAGGCGGCCAUCUGAGAGUGGGUGCUUGCUGUUCUCAGCUCACGGUCAUUUGUGUGGAGGCAGAAAGGGGUAAGAAUGAGUGUUCAAGUUUAGUUCUUCCUUAAUUACUACUACUUGUUGGGUGAGGGAAUCAGGGAAGGCUUUUUUUCAGUGCCUGAUAACCCAUACAUUGCUUCUGCACCUCCUGUCUUGGUUUCCUGUCAUUGCCUCUCCUGUAUCUGCAUAUUCCAACCCUACCAAGAGUCUAAGGCUUGUUGCUGGCCGAGAGUAGGCUCACAUCCGAGCUGGCUAACUCCCUUGCCUUCUGCUGUUGCGUGAUGCUCGGCAAGUCAUGCUGGAGCCUUUAGCUAUAACUCUCUUCCCUGCAUAGGGGUCAUCUCUUCAGCUUGUCCACCUGACCGCAAAUAGAGAAACCCUGUGGAUGAGAUCAGAUGGACUCGUUUCUGCCCCCUGCUCCUAAUCCAGCUUUUCGUUCAUCUGGCAAAUACUCGUCAAAUCUAUGUGUCACAAAGCUCCACGACACGCACUGAAAGGAGGAGCUCGUUUCCAGGGGAGACAGACCCCGGACGUAGAGAAACACUCACAGCAUGACCUGGGUGCUGGGAAGAGACUCACUGGCCACUUGUAAUGAGGCCAGGGAAAGUGUCACAGAACAUCUUGGAGGAAGAGAGGGCUUGAGGGCCCUUUCAAAGUGUUUGUCGAGCCGAUUGGUUUCACUGGGUGCAUGGCGUCAAGGGCUGCGCCUGUGGGUCCCGGGAGCAGUGGCAGCUCUUGGAGGUGUACCAGCUAGCCCAGUCGGGUGAGACCACUCUGACCAAAGAACAGAAGCAUCGGCCACAGGUGAGCAUCAAGGCAGCCCACCAGCCUCAAACCCACCAUUAAGGCUUCAUUCCUGUCCUGUGGGACAACCCACAGGGCAAGUGGCAGGCUGACUCGGACAGCAGGCUCCGGAAAAAAAUAGGAAGCUGUGGUCACAGCCUCCACCAGCAUCCCACUGCCCUGGUGGCCUCCAUCACUUCCUCAACCCUCCUCACCACACCUCCUUAUAACACUUCACCUCUCACCUCCCCAGCCACCUGCUAAGCCCUACAGUGUGCUGUGCUGGAGGAUGAGGGGAGGGAGGGGAGAAGUGCCUUUUGGUGUGUCCUUUGGCCUCCCUGGAGGAGAAGGGGUUGAUGCCCAAUGGGGUCCUUCCUGCCAGCCCAUUUGUAUCAGGGACCCCACCACACAAGUCACAUUGUGAGUUCCUGAAUGUAGGCUUUGUAGGUAAGAUCGCCUUCACCUUGGCAUUCAACCCAGGGUCCAGCUGGCGAGGGAGGGCUUGGAAACCAAGGUAUGAUGGGGACAGGAAUGAAAAGGGCAAGACUACGUGCCAAGGCUAGUGUGGUGCAUCUCUGAGAGGGAUGCCAGCUAUUCCCGAUGCAGGCUUGUUAAGCAUGAGGCAGACAGGCGAAAGGAAGAGCCUUUUGGCCCCUCUUGAGAAAAGAGCCUAUGAGAAAACUUUGUGAUGUGCUUAAAAGCAAAUUUCUAUCCAACCAAACUGGGGGGGGGGUAGUUUUUUUUUGUUUUGCUUUGUUUUUAGGCCACAUGGCUUGCAGGGAUCUUAGUUCCCCGACCAGGGAUUGAACCCAGGGCUCGCAGUGAAAGCGCUGCGUCCCAAGCCACUAGACCGCCAGGGAAUUCCCUAGAUUUUCAUUUAUUUAAAAUGAAACAAUUGCAUGCACAUGGUUAAAAAUUAAAUAGAAUAGAAGGCAGCAGUUUCCCACCCCAUUCUUUUAUUUAUUUAUUUUUUGGCCACUCCACGCAGCAUGAGGGGUCUUAGUUCCCCAACCAGGGAUCUAGCCCACGCCCCCUGCAGUGGAAGCGCAGAGUCUUAACCACUAGAAAGCCAAAAAAGUCCCACCACCCCAUUCUUUUUUAACCCCUUUCCAAUUUUUUAAACUCUAUUUUCGUAGAGGGUAACUUUGUUCCUCUAAAUAAUGUUUAUAUAAUGCCAUAUGGGCCCAGCAUCUGGAACAAGAUGGUGAUAGGUAGCUGCACUGCCCACACCUUUGGGGAUUCUUGGACUCUGGUUCUGAGCCAGACAUCCGGCAUCUCAGUGCCCUUAGGGAGGCGGGUAAAUGUGCUCUCAGCUGUACCAGGGAUAUUUACAUUUUGUUAGGUUGUGUGUUUGUCAGGCAGCCAAAGUAAAAAUGUAGUGGAUUUGUUUUGGAUACCCAGCAACUGAAAACCCUCAUUAACUAAGGCUCUUUGCUUACCUUGAACUACUCUUUCUACCAAGAAGGCAAGAAAAAUGCUUUCCCCCUGCCCUCAUUUGAUGUAAUAGUCUUCUCCAACGAUUGUUUUUAUUUCUCUUUAAGUAUCAUUAUGGACCCAAGGAUUUUUAUAUAUUCACUGUGAUUCAUUCGUGACAGUUGCUAUUUUUGAUGCUCAAAUUCUCCCAAAUUUGAUGUCCAGUUUUUCCUUGUACUUUUCUUUUUCAGACCUGGAAUCUUUUAGUGGGAAAAAAUAUUUAGAAAAUGAAAUCUGCAUUCCAGAAUUGAUCAUUGCCUCUGGGAUGUUACGGUUUUUAGACUAGCAGAAAAUGUGUUUUGAAAAUUGUGAGUUCAAGAUGGUGAUGGUUGCACAACAAUGUGAGUAUACUUAAUGCCACUGAAAUGUACACCUUCAAAUGGCAAAUUUUAUGUAUAACUUACCACAAUAAAAAUAACAUAAAAAUUGAGUUCAUAAUGAUAUUUGCAGUUUGAAUUUAAUGUCACAGGGUUUUUACUAUACCUGUCUGAUUCUGUA